CCACCCAAACUACGUACAAAGGUACUGGACUCACUGCACGAUGGACAUUUAGGUGUGGUUAAGAUGAAAAGUCUUGCUAGAAGCUAUGUUUGGUGGCCAGGCAUUGACUGUGAAAUAGAGAAUAUGGCUAAAUCCUGCACUGGCUGCCAGCAGACGCUGCGCCAGCCUCAAACAGCACCUGUACACGCGUGGGAGUGGCCAUCCGCUCUAUGGCAACGCAUUCAUAUAGACUAUGCUGGCCCAUUUAUGGACCAAAUGUUCCUGGUUGUGGUUGAUGCUCACUCAAAAUGUCCAGAAAUCUUCCCCGUAAAGCAAGCAACGGCUGCCAGCACGAUCAAUAGUCUUCGGUCACUGUUUGCACGCACAGGUCUGCCACAACAGCUCGUAAGUGACAAUGGUCGUCAGUUUACUGGAGAGGAGUUCCAGUGUUUCCUUAGGAGUAACGGCAUACGACAUAUCACUUCAGCUCCCCAUCAUCCUGCAACAAAUGGACAAGCCGAACGGUUCAUCCAGUCCUUCAAGCAGUCAAUGAAAGCCAGUCGCACAGAGGGGAAGCCGCUACAACAGAAAAUCGACAAUUUCUUACUGGCUUAUAGGAACACCACUCAUGCAACACCUGGACACACACCUGCCAUGCUCUUCAUGGGACGGAAUCUGAGAUCACAUCUAGAUUUGCUGAAACCAGAUAUUCGCAAGGAUGUCCAAGAUAAACAGUCUUCCAUGGUGGAAGCAACAAGAAACAAAACCAGAUUCUUCAAUGUUGGACAAAAAGUUCUCGCCAGAGACUACAGAGACCCAAGUCAGAAAUGGCAGUCUGGCACGAUUCUGUCACGGACCGGACCGCUGACAUACACCAUAAAUGUUGGAGCCAACUUAGUCUGGCGUAGACAUGUUGAUCAGAUUCUAGAUGCGGAAAGUCACAUGGUUCCACAGCAACCUGAGAGCACAUCUACACCUCAAGAUUCAGAAGAGUUUGCCUUCGCUUCACAACCUGAGGUUCAGGAUUUAUGUGAAACUACCAAUGCUCAAACACCUGAACUUCCCACACAGAGGAUUAUGGACUCUGACCAAACAGGCAGACAUUACCCUGAGAGAAAUCGCAUAGCACCUCAGAGACUGAACUUAUAAGUUUCCAGUUCAUUUCAUAAGAAAAGCAAUUAAAAGGUUUAAGAGGAACAACCUACCUCUGUGUUGUAAGUCACUGAGUAGGUGUCAUAUUUCAGUUUAAGUAAAAUGGUUGGUUUAUAGCAUUUACCUCAAAAUAUCUUGAUUGUUUGAUACUUAUUGUGUUCAUCAAAGCUGGAUGUGAGGAACUGUUAUGUAUUUGGUGAAAUCAGUUUAUAUUUUUGUGGUACUACUUUCUGUGUAGAGAACACCAAGUGUGGUGUAUGUGCGCAUUGAUAUGCCUAUGCCUUUCCACAACAUGGUUAAUAAAGUAAGUUACUAACAACCAAAAAGGUGUUAUUACUUUACCCGUUAAGUUAUAAGAGUGGACAUAACAAUGUUAUUAUUUGAUUUUGACAGGUGAAACUUUAUCUAUUGUUGCCAAAAUCUGCAACUCCUCUUCCAAGAACACGAGACCCAAAAUCAAACUUGAACAAAAAACAGUCUACCGCAGCAAGUACAAUAGUGAGAAGUUACUUAAAAAUCUAUUCAAAGAGGCCGGGCGCACUAUCAGUCCAAACUCAGAGCAAACUGUCUCCUGCCAGUUGAAGAUUCCUGAUGAUGCCAUCUCCACUAUCCAUAACUGUGAAAUCAUCUCAGUUGAAUAUUAUGUUAAGGUUUCUUUGGACAUUAGCUUUGCCUUUGACCCAGAGGUGGUGUUUCCACUGAUCAUCGUUCCUUCCAGAUUUGCAGCCAUUCAGCCUGGUGAGCCUGUGGGGCCUUACCCACCUGGGACAACCGAGACCACAAGCUGCAGUGAUGUCUCUUCUCCUGUCUUGGACGCUGAAUUAGAUCCUAGACCCAAAGAGCCGGGUGCCUGUCACUACCCCUCCCCAGAUCCCACUCAGCACAUAAUAUAGCAAGUGGCAACUAUAACUAGUGGUCUAAAAAUGAAUUUUGUUUGAGGACCUCCAUCUUUCUUCUGCUUUUCACUCUUCUUUCUUUAUGUAUGGUACAAAGAAAGGUGGGAGAAAUAGGAGGCAUGGGUACUAAUAGAGUGAAGCACGCCGUCAUCAGGAGACUUUGAAUUGGAUGAGGAUGCAUCCUGUGUGGGCUAAUGGGCUAUUAUACUGAGUGUUAAGAAAGACAAGCAGUAGAAUCCAUUUUGAUUUGAUUUUGCAGGCAAUACUGUGAAGCAAAAGGAUAGCCAAGUAAAUGUAUGCAAAUAUUAGGGCUAGUUUAUUUGCUCAUGUGUGAUGACUCAGUAGGGGGAAGGAGACUGUUAUUUAGGUUCUUGAAAGCAACCAAACUUUUCUCCAGAAUUGGACUUAUUAGGAGAAGUGACACAGUGAAAGGUCGGUGACUGAUUAAAGAAUCAAUAGGAAGCAGCAAUACAAUAUAAAUACACACACACAGUACCCAAGUAAACACCAAUGAAGAAGAACACGGGCACAGGAAGAGAGAGGGCUAAGCAGAGCAAGGAAAAGCAGCUGUCAAACAAGGUAAUGAUGGUAAUGACAUUCCCAUUCAGAAAACAGAAGCCAGUUUAAAUUUCUUUGCUUGCUAGGUGCUGAGCCAGUGUAGAAUCAUGAGAGUGCCCACUCUUUCCUAGAUGUCUACUAGCAGCGUUUCAGCUAUUGUUACACAAAGCUGUGUACAGAAAUGAUGAUGUUUUUAUAUUAAACGUUUUGGUGGUACAUAAAGAUGAGUAAGUACAUUAAGACCCUACAAAAAUUGGUCAGAGAUUAUCACCCAAGUAGUGACUUAAGGCUUCUGAAAGAAACUGAGCUGUGAAUUAAAUCAUGUUACUGAGCGCAGUUUUCACCUCUUGAUGUCAGUGGAGUUUCAGCAACACACAAACAGACAGAACAAAAAUGAGAGAAAUAAUGAAAUUAUUUUCUUACAGAGAUUCUCAGAGUUUCAGUCCUUUGGUUUAAGCUUCAUUCUCUGAUCCAGUCUUUGUUUCUCUUUUGUUGAUCCAAGCAGUCAUCGGCAGUCACCUGGGCUACAGCAUGGCUUCAUACAUUUGAGCUGUGUAGUUUCUUAUGAAGUUAGUGUAUAUGUUUAGGCAUUUAGGCGUGUUUAGGCCUCCCCUCUUUUUUACCAUUACACAUACAGCUGUUUCUCAGAAAGGUGUUCAUCUAAGCCAGGGGUGGGCAACUCCAGGCCUCAAGGGCUGAUGUCCU